UUAUUCUAUUUUAUUAACUGUUAUUUCAUUAAAUAUAUUGAUUUUAUUUGCAUUUAAAUGAUUGUCAAAAACUUAUUAUCAUUGACUUUGAGGACUGUGUUGGUGGUAGUGUUGAUCCUUAUCUGUGUUAUGGCCAGUAAUAACACUGUUGCCGAUGAUGAUACCGGCGCUGGUGAUAGUAAAUACGAUACCUUUAAAAUGUGUCUGAAUAGCAACGAACGGUUUAUAUCGUUAUUCAAUUUGGGUAAUGAUCUGAUCUUUCAGACACUGGAGGGGUUUAUCAAACUUAAAGACAGUAUCGAUCGGGACAUUGGUCUGGAAAGACUACCGUUUCUCAGGUCUAAAUUUAUCAACGAUUAUCGUAUGAGAGACCAAUUGGCAAAACAUUUCAACGUAUCGGAGCCAAUAUUUGGUUUUACCUACCAGUUUAUGAGCCGCGAGUGCGGCGAACUGGACUCAAUUGACAAUGAGUGCAGUCAAAUCUACGACAACUCUCAGGCCUACUAUACCUGUAUCUAUGGUCACGAAAAUAAUACCGGCAAAAUCACACACAUAUCACGAAAAUACAACCAAUCAUACAUUGAGCACAUCCUGACACCGAAACUACUGGAGAGGACCGAAAAAUACUGUGCCCUACGAUACAAACACGAAGAGAACAUACUAUCCAAAGAGGGUGUACUGUCCGGUACGUCCUUUCGAUUGCCACACUAUCCGUCGCGUAUUAUAAAACUUAACCAAACUGUCGAUAACACGACCGUUGAUGUAUCGUUCAAUGAGACCGAUGGCAGUGAAUCAAACACAACAACGGGUAGUAAUGAAACCCUAAGCGACAACUAUAUGCCACUCUAUGAAGACAAAAUCACUUAUAUGGUAUUCACAUCGGAACCGAUAAACAUUACACGCAAUGCAACUGUCAAUCUGUUGGGCUACCAAUUCUGCAAAGUGUACGACGAUAAUCUAACCGACACCUCCAACAAUAAUUGGCUGUCCGGUUAUAGGUAUCAUCUGCCAAAAAGUCAGAUCUACUAUGUGUUUCGUUAUUUGAAUAUUACAUUUGCCUGUCCGCAAAACUGUACGCUCAGAUCUCCACUGAGUGUCAUCGAAGUGUCCAAAGAGCUGAAGAUGUGGUGGUCGGGCGAACUCUUUGGUACCAAUCAAUCGUUUUACAGUCUGUUUGGUUGUGAUUCAUACGAUGUGGUCUAUGUUAACAACUUUUCUCCCAACGAUUUCUGUGCCGAACAACGCUCUCAAUCUGUGUUCACAAUGGGUGACGAUCUGUAUAUGCAAAAUAACGGCCGUUUCUGGCGCUCGUAUGGCAAACGAUUUACUAAUCCCAGAGGUAGUCCAAAGCCGGUACUGACGCUCAGCGGUAUUGUCUUUGAUUCUGAUACGACACAAGUCAUCAACGAUGAAGGCUUCGAUAUCACUCAACCGGUAAUGGGUUUUACAUUCAAAUACUUUACGAUAAACCCGUUGUCAUUGUCGUCGUGUGACAAGAAUACAUGGAAAUCUGUUAGGUGUCGACUCUAUCUGAUGCCCGAUCACUAUCGCGCCUGUAUUUAUGGCUACAAGAUUGGCCAAAACGGACAAAAUACAAAUACCAAAAUGGAAUCACUACCGUUUGAGUACACAGCGGCAGGUUUGAGAAAAAUACUCAACAAAUAUUGGGUCGGUUCGCUAGAGCUCCGGGAUGUCUAUCAGGAAACGCGCAGUAUUUGUGAUUAUAUCCUAUUUAAGAUUCUGGAAAUACCACACGUAACAAAAAUGCAUUCAAUUACUGUACGCAAUCGUAACAGUAGUUAUGGCUAUCGGCAAUGGUUUGGCAUUCAAGCUAUGGUAACAGUGCGCGAACCGAACAAACCCGAAGCACUUGAACUGAUCGAUGCCGAGAUCAACAAACAGCCCCAUCAUAUCAUGAAUGAAGCCGAGUUUGUGUACAACAGGACAGCCAUUCAUGUGUCGGUAAAGUUAGGUUUGGGCAAUGGUGAAGAAACGCAUACCGAGUACGGCAUGUACUAUACGAACCAGUCGUGGAUAUUCAGCACUCGGCGUAAAACCAGUGAUAAUAUGCUACAAAUUGAGAGGAUCUUACAGAAAAAUAUGCUAAUUAAUCAUAGCCAUUCGUUACAACGUUUUCAUGAAUGUCCAUUCAAUCAAAGCUAUACACUGAUAACAGAAUCCAGACAAGUGGUAGGUGGAUGUCCGACAGGUAAUAACAGUUUUAUCGGUGUCUUCAAUGCCGGUGAACAGGUGUACUUUCAGAGCGGUCGACGCUUUUAUCGGUACAACAAAUUGCGGAAAACUUUUGUUUACGACAGAUAUGCGACAAACGUAUUGAACGAUCACUUUGAUACUAAACAUAGGAUAAUAGGUUAUUCUUAUUUAAAUUUUGGUAAUCAAUUUCGGACAGUUAUCGUGGGUCGACCCAAAUGGAGAGACAUAUCGAUGUAUAAAAAUCUAACACUCGUUAGUCUAUAUCGUAUGUAUUAUACAAUUAAGGGUCAAAUGUCGGCACUGAUACCCGACAACGAAGCGGAACUCUAUUACGUCAAGUAUCCGUUCGACACAAUCGACAAACAAUAUCUCGACAUCAAUAUCACCAGCGAUUCCAUACUAGGAAUCGGAUAUCUUCAGCGAUCGAUGAGUUGGAAACAAUAUAAAGACCGAAUGCUAUCCAAUGCUGAUCUGUAUCCGCCCGGCAAACAAACUAAUCCAUUUGUAGUCAUAUAUGAUAAGAAAGAGUACAAUUUGUUAAAUGUGUCGAAAAAUCUAAUACAAUUGGGAGGAUAUCCCGCACCGUUUGUACACUUUAUGCCGUUUUCACAAGAAUUUCAAUCGUUUAAAACUGAUUACAAACGCAAUGACUUCAAAAAUAUUAUGGGUUUGUUUGCAUUGGAUGGCGACCUGUAUUUAGUGGCACUUAAAACGGGUGAUACUGUGUACAGAGUGCUAAAGAUCAGCACUGGUGACGACUUGUCCACCAGUGUUGUGUCUGACACCAAGUUUGACGACUUUUUUCAGUGUAUCCCAAGAGAAGAGUCGUCGUCAACUAAUUCAAAGUCAUCGCAGGGUUCGGGAAAAAUCUUGUUGUUAGCCGUUUUGGUACUAAUUGUGAUAAUCCUAAUGGUAAUGGUCGCAGUCAUACCCUGCCCGACUCCGUCCGGAUCGGCCAAAACCGUCACCGAACAGUCUGUCAGCGAUAAAAGUGUUGGCGAAGAAAAAUCUGUCUCAAAGUCUAAGUCGACGGAAUCGGUCACAGAUAAUAGUGCCGACAAUUCAGUGCCAAAAUCCAAUGAAAAUCAGACACAACAACAAUAAUAUUGAAUGUUAUAA